AUUGAUGAAUUUUGGCGCACUCAUCACGUGUUUAACUUGGUCAUGUUUGUGUGGCGUAAUUCUCGGACUAGAGUGCAGUGUCAUUCCGGCCUCCUUUAUCUGAAAAAAUUCUUAGUGCAGUGUGUACAUUCCAAAAUGCCGUCCAAUAUUGAAAUCAAAGCCCACCUCAGAGAGCCUAAAUUUGUGAGGAAGAAGGCUCAGGAGCUCAGCAAUGGCAGUGCAGCAGAAGUACUUCACCAAGAAGACACUUUCUUCCAUUGCCCCAAUGGCAGGCUAAAACUCAGAGAGUUCAAGGAGGAUCCAACAAAACUGUCUCAGUUAGUCUUCUAUGACAGACCAGACACCACGGGACCCAAGCUUUCCAAAUUCUCCCUCGCUGAGUUGCACCACCCAGAACAACUGAAGACAACACUGAGCCUGGCCCUGGGCGUUAAAGGAAUCGUGAAGAAGACAAGAACGUUGAUCAUGGUUGGACAGACCAGGGUGCAUAUUGAUGAGGUGGAAGGUCUGGGAAGCUUCAUGGAACUUGAGGUGAUGAUGCAACCGCAACAGACAUCAGCCGACGGGACCAAGAUAGCUGAUGAACUGAUGGAGCAGCUGGGCAUCCAGUCCAGCGACCUGAUCUCAGGGGCCUACAUGGAUCUCAUACUACAGCAGAAUGUAGAGGGCAACUGUCAGUAGUGUGAGCCUGCUCACUGCCGCAGAUCAGGCCGCAAGAUUUUCGAAAAUCCAACUGAAAUAUUUAUUUUCUUCAGAUUUCUUGGCAUUAGGCUUCUUCUUUCAAGGGGUUGUGUGGUCUGUAGCCAUUCUGAAGGAAACGGGGCUCUUUACCUUGAAGCACCCCCUAGCUGGUAAAGAAGAGACAUGCUGGUGAGAAGUUUUCAACUGGGCUCCCACCAGUGCUUGGUGUGCGUGUCAAAGACUGGACAUUUCAACAGAAACUGAUUGUGCGUGUCACAGUUCGCCCUGUGCCCCAAAUACUUGAAUCUGCACGAGUUCCCACCAGAUUCCUUGCCAUGUUAAUGUAACAGCAUGCCUCCUCUUGUGCGUGUACCAUAAACAUAAAAAGUGCUAGCCUAAAUGUUAUUGCUAUGCAAAAUUCCAUCCGGGGCUGAAGAAAUAACUUGCAAAAGUGCAUGCCCCUGAAGCUUGCAGCUAUGGAUGGAAAUCGAGGGACCUGCUGUGCAGGGGUGCAUUCAGCAGUGCCACACCCCCAUGCCACACCCGCAUGCCUUCACUGACAAUGCUUGGGAUGGGCAAUGCCAAUAGCAUACCAAUCAGUCUUACCGCAGAGGUAGUGUGCGGAGGAUGUGUAUUAAGGACAAGUUUGAGUGCUACCAUUUGUCAGCUACAUGUUGUUGUCAAUUUUUGUCUGGUAGCCAGGACAUAGUUUUUGGCACAGGUUAUCAGUGAAACUUGACUAGCGGUUGACAAAUGGCCGUCACUCCUACUUGCCAGUAAUGGUCUGAUGGUGGAAGAUUAAGGCUGCAUUUGCAUGCAUUACUUGCGUAAACUAUGAAUGGUUACCUGCCGUCUUGAAAUAACCAUAGCUUGCUUACCAGUGAGCCACACUCGUCAUGCAGUCAAGACUGGACGAGUGUUAGCAAGAGCAACAUGCUGGAACGCAGCCUAAACGAGCUCUUUUCUUAUUCUGAUGACCAUGUUUAUGUUUAUCCAUAGGAUUGGCACUCUGUUGUUCUGUAAUCAGUUUUGUUCUUGCAGUACCUGUGCUGCUUAUUGAACAUUUCCUGGUGUUUCAGAGGAGGGUUGAAGUGGAAAAAUAUGACAAAAGAAAGUACUCCCACACUUUCUUCUGAAUUAAAAAACAUUUUUAUAAAAAAGUAAUCCGUGUGUACCCAUAGUUAACUCCAUUGGUGGCCUCUUUUUCCGUCAGUAAAAAAUGCCAGAAGGUCAAGUUAUAUGUUACAAGGUCAUAUUGUUUAGUAUUUGGAAAAGUCAAGUAACAUCUUGUCAUGCAUAAUGAGUUUCUGUUUUAUACUAAUUGUUCAACUUUUGUUAUAGUUUUCUCACUUCGAUGCAGAAGUGUUGUGUGGAAAUUUUUUUGCUAUUUUCAUCUAGCACUUUCAUUAAAUAUUGACAGGCACAAGAUGGUUUGGAAAACAAAAAUUUUAAGUGUCACGUCCAUGACCAUGCCGUCACCAGGUCCCUAACUUUGCCAUCUCUUUUCAAGUCUGAUUGGUUUUCACAGUGAGUGGCAAAAUAAGGGACCUGGUGACUAUACGGUCUAUGCAUUCUCAUGAAAAAAAAUUAUCUCCCAAUUGCUGGUUCUUUGUUUUCAAUCAUGAAAAUACAAGGUCUCUAUUAUGAAAAGGUAAUGUGCAAAGUCCAAAGGACCUCUUAUUGACAAGUUUAGACUGUUUGCGAUAAAAAGGGCCAUUUGCGACUUGAGCGUGCAUUCUUAGUAAUAUCAAACAAGAUUCAUCCUUAAUACUGAUUCCAAGUAUGUCAUGUGAUUAGUUGUGGGAAUUCUACCCAUCUUUAUGCAACUCAGAACUUUUUUCACACAUACAUACUUUCCUUUCCUUGUAAGCGUUUCCUAGAAAGCAAAUGUAUUCAAAAUAAAGGGUUACACGUGACUACCUAGCAUGGA